UAAUUUCCUCUCUGUAUAUAUUGGCUGAUGUACAGGGAGUGAGUGGGGAGGAGUUUAGAGGGGGAUCAAGGCUGCAAGAAUCAUGAGAAACAUGUGAAGAAAGGGGAGGAUAACUUCAGAAACAAAUUGGAUCACAGGAGCAAAAUAAAAAAAAAGAAGAUGAAGCUCAAAGUGUGACUUCUUGUGAAAGUGACUCUUGGCCAAUAAUACUAACAGUGCCAACCAGAAGACUCUCACUCCUUGGGUGACAAGUCUCAAGGGGUAUGCAGCUCUAAGGACUCUUCACAUCAACCUUCAUCAGUCCUGAUAUUCCCCAGGGUUUGAGGAACAUUUCUUGACAUGCAGAACAAGGGACUUGUCUUCAUUGUCCUCCUGGAGUGGAUUAUCCUUGUGCAGACUGAAGAAGAUACUGGUAAGGUGCACAGCCUCAGAUGUGAUGGCCAUUCUUGCAACCCACCUGUUGGGAACCUUGCCACAGGUCGGACACCCACCACCUUCACAACCUGUGGGAAGAAUGUCAGUGAACUGUACUGUUUCUACCCUCAACACCACCCAUACCAGAGGUUACAGUCUUCUUGUGGUCUACCAAGAUGCACCAAGUGCAGUGUCAACCAGCCAGAGAAUUCACACCCACCUUCUCAUAUGACAGAUGAUGUCUUCUCAAGUCCCGCAACCUGGUGGCAGUCUGCCCAAGGCAUACUUAGGGAGGAGAUAAGACUGGAUUUCGAGACAGAAUUCUACUUGACACAUGUUAUUAUGGUCUUCAAGUCUCCCCGUCCGGCUGCUAUGGUCCUGGAGCGGUCAAAUGACCAUGGCAAGACUUGGAGGCCUUAUAAAUAUUUUGCUACCAACUGCACAGCCACAUUUGGUCUUCAAGAUGACCUCUUGGAGGAGGGUUCAUUGUGUACCUCCAGAUAUUCCAGUGCCUGGCCUUGCUCCAGGGGAGAGGUCAUAUUUCGAGCUUUAAGCCCAGCGAAUCGGAUUGAGGAUCCAUACAGCCUUCAGGCUCAGGACCUGCUAAAAAUGACCAACCUGAGGCUGCUGCUUUUAAAGAGACAGGAAUGUCCGUGCCAGGCUGUGCACCAGGAAAAACCACAGAGAUUUGCUCACUAUGCCAUCUACGACCUAAUAGUAAGAGGGAGCUGCUUCUGCAACGGGCACGCCGAGGAGUGCCAGCAGACAGAACGCACCCAAGGAACAGAGAUCAUGGUGCACGGCAAAUGCGUGUGUCAACACAACACAGCGGGAGAUCAUUGCGAAAAGUGCGCUCCCUUAUACAACGACCAGCCCUGGAGACCAGCCGAUGGAAAGGCAGGGGCUCCAAAUGAAUGCCAACGUUGCCGCUGUCACAACCACGCGCACAGCUGCCGCUUUGACCUUGGCCUCUGGCUGUCCUCGGGAAAGAGAAGCGGAGGGAUCUGCGAAAACUGCCAGCACAACACGGAGGGGUACCGCUGCCAGAGGUGUAAAACGGGGUACUACAGAGACCACUCGGAGCCUCUCAGCUCCCCAACCGCCUGCAAAGAAUGCCAGUGUCAUCCAAUCGGAUCAGCCGAUGAAACCUCCUAUCGAAGCUGGAGAUGCCACCCCAAGACAGGAUUCUGCUACUGCAAACCCGGUGUGGCUGGCCCACGCUGCGACCGCUGCAUGAUGGGAUACUGGGGUUUUGGCGAGAAUGGCUGCCGCCCCUGUGAAUGCGCUCGGAACUGCGAUCCCGACACCGGAGAAUGUCGAAACAGCCACGAGUCCGAGCACUUACUAAACAUUCCGAUUGGUGGAAAGAUCCCUGAGGUCAUAGAAAUGCCAGCCAAUGAGAGCGACGAUGACUGGAACUGGAACAGUGAACAAGGCUUCUCAGCUUUGAGACACCCAGAAAAGUGCGUUUGUAAGGAGAAGAUACUUGGCAGUGUUGCAGAUUUCUGUCAGAUGAAAUAUGCAUAUGUGAUAAAGGCAAGGAUCCUCUCUGCGCACGACAAGGGCACCCACGCAGAAGUUGUGGUGAAGGUGAGGAAAGUGCUGAAGUCUGGUAAAGUUAAAAUCAGUCGGAACAACAGGAGCCUGUACCCCGAAUCCUGGACAAAUCGCGGCUGCACCUGCCCCAUCCUAAAUCCGGGUACGGAUUAUUUAAUCGCUGGGCCGGAAGACACUCGAACCAACAAACUGCUGGUUAAUAUGAACAGCUUGGUUAAGCCUUGGAAGGCCGUUUGGGCAAAACACGUCACGGAUAUAAUACGAGUCGGCUGUAGGGUUUGA